AUGCUGUAUAACAUGCAGUUAUUCUGGCCUCAGGGUGACGCUCAGGAGGAAGAGCGGACCCAAGUCGAGCUCAUUGUCUCCCUAGAGGAAGAGCGGACCCAAGUCGAGCUCAUUGUCUCCCUAGACGAAGCCUGCAAGGCAGCCCUGGAGGGGAGGAUCGUCCCGGAGUGGCCAAAUACCUUGUCCACCAGUUUUGGAUUAGAUUCCUGCCCUUACUACGUCAUGGAAAACCACUACAUCACAGCUCCCCUGUCUCCAGAAGAAGCUGCGUUCCCCCUGGCUUAUGCCAUGGCCAUCGGCGAAGACUUUGAAACGUUUGAACGGCUCUUCCGAGCCAUUUACAUGCCCCAAAACGUCUACUGUGUCCACAUAGACAAGGCGGCCCCCCUGCUGUUUAAAAUGGCUGUUAUUGAAUUGCUCAGCUGCUUCUCCAACACCUUUCUGUCUUCACAAUCAGAGUACGUUAUUCACGGGGGCAUCUCCAGGCUCCAGGCAGUGCUGGCCUGCAUGAAAGACCUCUUAGGGUCGCAAGUGCAGUGGCGAUAUGUCAUCAACACCUGUGGCCACGAUUUCCCCUUAAAAACCAACCGCGAGAUAGUCCGGUAUUUGAAAACCCUGAAGGGGCAGAACGUGACCCCGCGGAUGCUGCCUGUGCGGAAGUUGGCCACGAGGGUCAGGUAUGUCCACAGGCCGCACAGAACGAGUUCCCACGCUUUCCUGCGGCAAAGACGCUUGAGGAAGAGCCCGCCCCCCAAAGAACUGCAGAUCCACUUCGGUUCAAUGUAUGUCGCCCUGACAAGGAAGUUCGUUCAUUUUGCUCUUUUUGACAAAAGAGCCACUGAGUUGCUCUCCUGGUCCCAAGACACCUACGGCCCCGAUGAACACUUCUGGAUUACGCUGAAUAAGAUCCCCGAUGCCCCAGGAUCCAUGGCCCAGGAAGUCCCAGCUGCAAGCCUGAGAGCUGUGAAGUGGAUGUUCCAGGAAGAGACUCAUAAAGGUUGCCAUGGCCAUUAUUGGCAGGGUAUGUGUGUCUACGGACCUGGGGACCUCAAGUGGCUGUACGAGUCGCCCAGCAUGUUUGCUAACAAGCUGCAGCUGGAGGCGUACCCGCUUACAGUGGAAUGCCUGGAACUACGGAUUCGAGAACGAAUGCUCAAUCAGAGUGAGGUCCCAGUGCAGCUAGACUGGUACCUGCUGCCAAAGUAAGAGCUGCUUUGGGAAGACCGGUACAAACACUCAACAAUAAAAGACCCCAGUGACUCUUA